AGAAGCAGGACGAGUUGAUAUCUUCAGUUACUACUUUGACUCAUACUUCAAAAACAAUCAGUUUGCCAUUGACUUCUACAGAAGCAUUAUAACAUAGAAUCUUGCUUUAUUCGUAACACUCGAAAAGCAACUCUUACACAGCACACAACAAUUCUAAAAUAUACUCUGAAAAAUAUGUGGAUGGAUAAAUUAGUUUCAAUUCACUCGAUACGCCAAGUUGGCUUUAGCAACUCUGGCGCUGAAGAAUAUGUUGAAGGUGAACACCAUUGCAGCUAUGAUUCACAGCGUGGCAUUUUGAGAACUCAACUUCUGCUGCUCGAUUACAAGCAGUUCAAGGCUGCACGUCUUAUACAGCGAAUAUUUCGAGGCUGGCGUGUGCGUCAUCUGCUAAAGAAGCAACAUCGAGCUGCGAUUACCAUACAAAGAAUAUGGCGACAUUAUUGCGAAGAACGUCAUAGAGUAGUCGACAUUCAGGAAGAAACACAGUCUUGUGUGCUGAUAUCUCACCAUUCGAGUUGCGUCAAGAUUCAGGCUAUGUUUCGUGGUUGGUAUUCACGCAAAUAUAUCAACAAUAUGAUGUAUCUGAAGAACAUACAAUUGGCUGCUGUGGAGGACAUUUUGCACUCGAUUAUCUAUAAGUUGCAUUCAUUGAAGCGUAACGAUCAGUUGCCAGGCAUUCUCACAUUCCGUGAGGGAGACACUCUGGGCAAAGUGGAAGAUUUCAUGUCGACCAUGACCUAUCGUCUGUUCAAUCGCUACGUGGGCAGAAAGUGGGCGAUGAGCAAGACCAUCCUUGAGUCGCAGCGUAUGGACUUCAAGAAGGCUGUCGAGUACACUUGGGCACCGUAUUAUGGCAAUGAUCACAUCAAUGUGUGCAAUCCCCCGCCGCCUCCGCGACCUCCCAAGUUCUAUGAGCGUCGCGAAUACGAUGUUUCACAGGCUUUUAUGGCAUCUAAACGCGAGGUUCAAGAGCACAAAUCCAUGAGUAAAUCCAUCUCGCGACGUAAUCACGUUUUAAAAGCUCUGCCCUCGAAUCAAAAGCGUUUUUGCCGCGAGUUGAUCCACAGCAUGAGGCGUUGGACCAUCGAAGAGCACCAGAAACUGAAUAUACCCGAUGACUUGAAGGUCGAUAGCAACUUGAAGGGCUUCUUGGAGGAGCUACAAGGAUAUCUGACAUCGCUGAAUUACAUUGAGAACUGCGAUUGCUUGCGCGAUUCGCCGCAUCCACAUAAAUUAACUCCACGCUUCGAUUAGGAAUAAUUUAUACUCACAUUCGCAAUAAAAUACACAUAUGCUUAAAAUCCCAUGUUUAACACGGAUAAUCUAGGAAACCAAAUCACU